CCCUGGGGCCGGCGGCUCGCGCGGGGCCAUGCGGCGCGGCGGCGGCGGCGCGCGGCUCUGCCUCGCGGCGGUGCUGAGCUUCUGGAGCUGCCUGGGCUGGGCGCCUGCUGCGGGGUGCCCCCACAAGUGCACGUGCGUCGCUUCCAGCGUGGACUGCCACGGCCUGGGGCUGAGGACGGUACCGAGGGAUAUUCCCAGGAACGCGGAGAGACUAGAUCUAGAAAAAAAUAAUAUCACAAGAAUCACGAAGACGGACUUUGCAGGACUGAAGAACCUUCGUGUCUUACACUUGGAAGAAAAUCAGAUUAGUGUGAUAGAACGUGGAGCAUUUCAGGAUCUAAAGCAACUUGAACGGCUGCGUCUGAACAGGAAUAAAUUGCAAGUUCUUCCGGAGCUGCUUUUUCAGAACACGCAGAAGUUAACAAGAUUAGACCUAAGUGAAAACCAGAUAAAAGGAAUCCCUAGGAAGGCCUUUCGAGGAAUCAUCGAUGUGAAGAACUUGCAGCUGGACAACAACCAGAUCAGCUGCGUGGAGGACGGCGCCUUCCGAGCCCUGCGCGACCUGGAGAUCCUUACGCUCAACAACAACAACAUCACCCGCAUUCCUGUUACCAGCUUCAAUCACAUGCCGAAGAUCAGGACUCUGCGGCUUCACUCCAAUUUCCUGCACUGCGACUGCCACUUGGCCUGGCUCUCCGACUGGCUGCGGCAGAGGCGCACCAUCGGCCAGUUCACCUUCUGCCUGGCGCCUGUAAGCCUCCGGGGUUUCCUCGUGGCCGAGGUUCAGAAAAAGGACUUUGUCUGCUCCGGAUCCCAGUCUGAAGCUCCAUCGUGCAGUGCCAGUUCCAUCACUUGCCCAUCUGCCUGCACCUGCAGCAACAACGUGGUGGACUGUCGAGGACGGGGCUUAACUGAAAUUCCAGCUAACCUACCGGAGGACAUUUGGGAAAUACGUUUGGAACAAAACCUCAUCAAAAUCAUUCCUCCUGGAGCUUUUACCCAGUACAAGAAACUUAAGAGAAUAGACAUCAGCAAGAAUCAAAUAUCUGACAUUGCACCUGAUGCAUUCAAAGGCUUGAAAUCUCUCAUUUCCUUAGUGCUCUAUGGAAACAAGAUCACAGAGAUUCCCCAGGGCCUUUUUGAUGAUCUUGUGUCUCUGCAGCUGCUGCUUCUCAAUGCCAAUAAGAUCAACUGCCUGAGGGUAAACACGUUCCAAGGUCUGCAUAAUCUCAAACUGCUAUCUCUUUAUGACAACAAACUGCAGACCAUCAGCAAGGGCCUCUUUGCACCUCUCCGAUCGAUCCAGACUCUACAUUUAGCUCAGAAUCCAUUUGUGUGCGACUGCCAUUUGAAGUGGCUGGCUGAUUACCUGCAGGAUAAUCCGAUAGAAACCAGCGGCGCUCGAUGCAGCAGUCCGCGUCGCCUUGCCAACAAACGCAUCAGCCAGAUCAAGAGCAAGAAGUUCCGCUGCUCAGGGUCAGAAGAUUACAGAAGCAAAUUCACUGGGAAGUGCUUCAUGGACCUUGUCUGUCCUGAGAAGUGUCGCUGUGAGGGAACAAUCGUAGACUGCUCUAACCAAAAACUAACCCGAUUACCCAGUCACCUUCCCGAGUAUACUACUGAUCUGCGUUUGAAUGACAAUGAUAUUUCUGUUUUGGAAGCUAUCGGACUCUUCAAGAAAUUGCCAAACCUCAGAAAAAUAAAUCUGAGCAACAAUAAGAUCAAGGAGAUCCGAGAAGGCACAUUUGAUGGGGCUUCGGGAGUGCAGGAACUGAUUUUGACAGAGAAUCAACUGGAAUCAGUGCAUGGACGGAUGUUUAAAGGUCUCACAGGGCUGAAGACAUUGAUGCUGAGGAGCAACUCUAUCAGCUGUAUAAACAACGACACCUUUGCGGGCCUGAGCUCAGUGAGGCUGCUUUCCCUGUAUGACAACCACAUCAGCACCAUCACCCCUGGAGCCUUCAGCACACUAGUCUCUUUGUCUACGAUUAAUUUGCUGGCUAACUCCUUUAACUGCAACUGCCACUUGGCUUGGCUGGGAAAGUGGCUGAGGAAGAAGAGAAUUGUCAGUGGAAAUCCACGCUGCUUGAAACCUUUUUUCUUAAAGGAUAUUCCAAUCCAAGAUGUGGAUGCCCAGGACUUCACCUGUGAUGGUAACGAGGAGAGCAGCUGCGCGCUCUCGCCGCCCUGUCCCCCGCAGUGUACCUGCCUGGACUCGGUGGUGCGCUGCAGCAACAAAGGGCUGCGCGUCUUGCCCAAAGGAAUUCCCAAGGACGUGACCGAGCUAUACCUGGAAGGAAACCAUCUGACUGCUGUACCAAAGGGGCUGUCGGCGUUCAGACACCUGACUCUAAUUGAUUUGAGCAACAACAGCAUAAGCGUGCUGGCCAAUUACACCUUCAGCAACAUGACUCAGCUGUCGACACUGAUCCUGAGUUACAACAGGCUGCGGUGCAUUCCGGUCCGCGCCUUCGACGGGCUCCGGUCCCUCCGCGUGCUGACGCUGCACGGGAACGCCAUCGCCACUCUGCCCGAAGGCUCCUUCGCUGACCUGGUCUCCCUCUCCCACCUGGCCCUGGGCACCAACCCUUUGCACUGCGACUGCAGCCUGCGCUGGCUCUCCGAGUGGGUGAAGGCGGGCUACAAGGAGCCGGGGAUCGCGCGCUGCAGCGGGCCGGACCCCAUGGCCGACAGGCUGCUGCUCACCACGCCGACCCACCACUUCCAGUGCAAAGAGCCGGUGGAUAUUAGCGUUGUGUCCAAGUGCAACCCUUGCCUCUCCAACCCGUGUAAGAACAACGGGACGUGUACCAAUGAUCCGGUGGAGUUCUAUCAGUGCACUUGUCCUUUUGGCUUCAAGGGUCGAGACUGCAGCGUGCCCAUUAAUUCUUGCAUUCAAAAUCCAUGUCAAAAUGGAGGGACCUGCCACCUCACCGAGGCAAAUAAAGAUGGAUUCAGCUGUUCUUGUCUCCUUGGGUAUGAGGGGGAGAGAUGUGAAAUAAACCCAGAUGACUGCGAAGAUAAUGACUGUGAGAAUAACUCUACAUGCGUGGACGGGAUCAACAACUAUGUCUGUCUCUGCCCUCCUAAUUACACAGGUGAACUGUGUGAUGAGGUGAUCAACCAUUGCAUUCCUGAGCUAAAUCCCUGCCAACAUGAGUCCAAAUGUCUCCCCCUUGACAAAGGAUUUAGGUGCGAGUGCUCGCCGGGCUACAGCGGCAAGCACUGCGAGGUCGACGACGACGACUGCGGGGGCCAUCAGUGUCGGCACGGCGCCGUCUGCGCGGACGCGGUCGGCGGCUACACCUGCAUCUGUCCUCAGGGCUUCAGUGGGCUUUUCUGUGAAAACCCUCCACCGAUGGUCCUGCUGCAGACGAGUCCGUGCGACAACUACGAGUGCCAGAACGGGGCGCAGUGCAUCGUGGUGCACCACGAGCCCGUCUGCCGCUGCCUGGCUGGCUUCGCCGGGCAGAAGUGCGAGAAGCUCAUCACGGUCAACUUUGUUGGGAAGGAUUCCUAUGUGGAGCUGCCAUCGGCCAAAAUUCGCCCUCAGGCGAACAUCUCCCUCCAGGUAGCAACAGACAAGGAUAAUGGCAUCUUGCUGUACAAAGGGGACAACGACCCUCUGGCUUUGGAGCUGUACCAAGGACACGUGAGGCUCAUCUACGACACGCUCAAUUCUCCACCUACCACAGUAUACAGUGUGGAAACAGUGAAUGAUGGGCAGUUUCAUAGUGUGGAGCUGGUGAUGCUGAAUCAAACUCUGAACCUGGUGGUGGACAAGGGGACUCCCAAAAGUCUAGGAAAACUCCAGAAACAAUCUUCUGUCAGCCUCAACACACCCCUCUACAUUGGAGGGAUCCCAACAUCUACCGGACUAUCUUCACUGCGUCAGGGUGCAGAUAAGACACCAAAUGGUUUUCAUGGUUGUAUUCAUGAUGUCCGCAUCAAUAAUGAGCUGCAGGACUUCAAGGAUUUACCACAGCAGUCACUAGGAGUCUUUCCUGGUUGCAAAUCCUGUAACAUCUGCAAGCAUGGCAUUUGCCGGUCCCUAGAGAAAACAAGUGUGAUUUGUGAAUGUCACCCAGGCUGGACAGGCCCUCUGUGUGACCAGGAGAUUGGAGACCCAUGUCUUAACCACAAGUGUCUGCAUGGUAAGUGUGUGGCAGCCAAUGUUGCUUACACCUGUAAGUGCUUGGAGGGCUACACAGGCAUGUACUGUGACAAGAAGAACAAUUCCUCAAACCCCUGCAGGAUUUUGAAAUGCAACCACGGACAGUGUAGACUUUCCGAGCGCGGGGAACCCUACUGCGAAUGUGAUCCUAACUAUAGUGGAGAACAUUGUGACAGAGAGAAUCUCUGCCAAGGCGAGAUCAUUCGAGAAGUCAUCCGUAAGCAGCAGGGCUACACGUCAUGCGUCAGCGCCUCCAAGGUGCCCCGCAUGGAGUGCCGCGGCAGCUGCAGCCACGGGCACUGCUGUGUCCCUCUCCGCAGCAAAAGGCGGAAAUACAUCUUCCAGUGUGCUGAUGGCUCCACCUUCAUGGAAGAGCUGGAGAGACAUGUGGAGUGCGGCUGCUCAAAGUGCUUAUAAGCCAUUCUCCAGUCCUUGCCACUUUAAUCAGCUCAGAAGCGCUAUCAAAACGGGACCUAUUUACUUUCAGAGUGAAGAAGAAGAAAAGAAUUAUUAAGUAUAUUGUAAAAUAAACAAAAAAUAGAACUUAUUUUUAUUAUGGAAAGUGACUAUUUUCAUCUUUUAUUAUAUAAAGUAUCGCACCACUUUGGGUAUAUGUAUCAUAUAGUGAGUUAUUUUUACCAUGAAACUUUUUUUAAUGGUUGUAAGAAAAAAGACCAAAAAGCUAAAAUUAAAAAAAAAUAUAUAAAGAAAACAUAGCCUAACAGGAGAAAUGUGGGGGUGACUUUAUGUGUAUGCACAAUGGACAAGUGUAAAGGUGUUCCAAGGACCUGCCGCAGAAUUGAUACAGGCUGAAGAAACCUCCGAGUUUCUGGGUGGGUCUCCUAAGAAGGUGGAUCCCAGUAACUGACAGCCAUCUCACUUAUUCCGGCACCCUGAAAAAGCCUCCCUCUCGGUCCCUAGCCCUGCCUAACGCUGCUGAUGCUGUUUUGUUCCUGUACAGUGGCUCAGCUUGAUACUCUUGAACCAGUUCCCCAUAGCACGUAGGCACUGCCAUAGCUUAAGGCUAACUACAUUAUUUGAAUAUUGUAAUACUAUAAUACAUUUUUGCUGUGUAUGUUUGUAUUUAUCUGUGUUCACAAUAUAUUCUUCAGCAACUGUAUCUAUAGAGCACAGGCAGCUUUAUCCAGAAGAAGGGGACAAAGGGAAAGGAAGUGGGGAAUAUAUGUUGUUUUGGGAAAUUUGGGGGCAAAAUGUGAAACAGUGCUAGGUAAUGCCUAAUAAAUGCCAUACUAAUUUUGUGUUAGCUCCUCACCUAUGUUAUUUCCCAGCUUUGUGCCUUCUUGCUCCCAGCCAUGAGCCCUUUUUUGUAUGUGAAAUAUAAGGAAUGCACUGCUUGUCGCCUUGACGCCGUGACACUUUAACUUGCAAAGGCCAUAGAGAGCAUGAAAAUAAUACAGGUGCCAGAUUUACCUGCAGCAGAACAACUUUUACUCUCAUUAUCACUACAGCCUGUUCAUCAAGACUCUGGUACCAAGCAGUUGGCUGCUUUUCCACAGCCUUUUAAAUGAGCGGAAGUUGCACUAUAUCUAUGUGAUGUUCUUCAGCCUCUACUUGUCCAGCUAUGUCCAGUUCUGUUCUCACAUCUGGUGCGGAUUGACAGAUGCAGCCAAAGUUUUUCCAUCCUAUUGCACAUCCUGCACUUGUUUCUCCCAAAGUACUCCUGUUAACUUCAGCAGUGUGUACAGAGCAAAUGCUGAAUACGAAGCAGAAAUCAGUGGGGAGAUAAAUUCUCACUGUGAACGUGAGACAAAAACUGGCUCUUUGGGAGUGAGUUGGAUUUUUGGAGGGUUUUUGGCAGUGCCACCUUUCAGAGUCAGCAAUUAUGUGCAAAGAGUACCACAGAUACGAUGAAGUUUCUCUUACUAUAAAUUUCAAAUGUCCCUAUCAAUAACUAUUCAAAGCACUGUAAUUAUCAGUGUAGUUUCUUUUACUAGUAUAGCAAAUAUUGUGGUCUUUUCGUCAAUGUCUCCUUCUGUAAGAGUUAAAGUCAGAGUUUAGUUCCAGAAACCAUAAACCCCUUUUGGAAGUGGUCACUGCUCUCACCAGCGCUGAAGUUUUGCAUCACAGGCUUUAGCAAGGAUGAGUAGGAAAGCUGAAUCAAGUAAUCAGUGCUUGUGUUUGACGGAGGCUUUGGAAAGGAGAAGCACAGAAUGAAAUCCUGCCAUGAAAAGUACAAAUCUUAAUUUCCUGCUAAAAAAGGACAGUGACCACGUAGACAUCAUGCAACCAAAAGGCUCUAAAAUGCUUAGCAUUCUUCCGCUAUUUAAAUCUUUGCUUAACCACAGCAGUUAAUUCAUAUGUUUUUGUUACUACCAGAGCAAAUUGAGCAGAAGAGACAUAAUGAAUACACUAGUAAUCUUUCAAAAUAAAUACUGGUAUUUGGAACCUGCAAUCAGUGAAACAUAAAACAAUCACUGGUUGAUGUGCUAAAAAGAGCCGGGGGGGUGGGGGGUGGGUGAAGGGGAUAACCCUGGCUGUAAAGUACUAUGUUUGUCUUUUUAUUCUGGAUAUAACAUAAGAUGCUUAAAGCAGCUGGAGCUUAUAAUCUACACCCAAACCCACAACCUACAGAUUUUAAAAAUAUGUGCAAAUAACUGCAGACACUUGUGUAAAGAUGUGCCUGGCCCAACAUUACCAUUAGUGUUAUAUUCCUGCUUAAUACACUUUAAUUUCCAAAGAAGUGGCUGCUGAUAUGCCAGGCAGUCAACGUCCAGACUGAGCAGUGGCUCACAAGCCCUCUCUGUGGCCCGCUGCACGAUUUGUAGCCGGGCCUGCAGAAGCACUGCCCUCCUCCAACACUAACCAAAGUUGUGUUUGGUUUGUCCCUUGAGCAGCAGCACAUGUGAGGAUGAUGUUAACAUUCGCUCUUGGCCUCACACCUGCCUGAGGGUGCUUUAAAGGGAAUGACCUUGACUGGCAAGGCAAGAAAGCCAUCAACAUCUUGUUAACACAUCGCUCUGGGAUUUGUUUAACCAAAGCCUUGCACCAAAGUGACCAGCAACGGCUCCGCAAGGCUGGCCCUGUUCCUGGCCCUUUUCUGUCAGGGCAUUUCAAUGCCAAGCGUUGGGACAAAGAAAGGAGAGUAUCUAUUUUGUAACCAAAUGAUGUAAUUUUUGUAUGCUUUUAGGCAGCACUUGCCAUUGGAUAGUGAUGCUUUAUGUCAAUGAUUCUAUGACUUGCUACAGAGUUAUUUUAUGUUGAGAAAAAAGCAUUCAGAAGUGCCAAAAAAUGUGAGGUCAGCUGAAGUGUUAAUUAGCUCUGAAAGUUCCUCUGUAACCUGCCUAAUAUAACAAUAGAUUUCAAAUACUGUCAGUACAAUGCAGUAGUUUUUACCUUUAUAAAGUUUUAAUAUAAAGUGAAGAAAGAUGCUAACCCUCCAACAAAUGGCAAUGCAGACUGGUGUGAACUGAUGUAUUUUAUUAAUAGAUUCUUGUUGUGAUGUAAGUUUAAAUAAAUUGUUGGGUUAUGGAAGAUUGUAAGAUA